AUGGAGGGUGGGAAGAAAACACAAUCAGGAUCUUCACUCACUUCUGAUCUUUUUGGCUCAAAGAACUCUGCUUCUGGUUCAUCUUCUGGGAUUUUCGGGUCACUCUUAACGCCUCCUGAUAAGGUCCUGAGACAGGAGUACUCUCUGCGUUCAUUCGAAUCUUGGAAGAAAGAUAGUGCUAUAAAUCAGGAUUGGAGUGCCAUGACUGGAUUUCCAGAUAACAAUGCUCUGGGCAAUGAAGGCCAAAGCCAGAGCAGUCGAAGCAAGGACGGGAAUUCAUAUUUUCAGGAGGAGAAAACCAAACCCUGUAAUUAUAGUUCAUCGAUAUACUAUGGUGGUCAAGACCUCUAUACUUUCCCGGAGAGUACCAGAGGAUCUAGCUUUACAACUAUCAAUAAAUAUGAGGCAGAGGAUGACUCGGGCAUGGCUUCGAGAGGGAACUGGUGGCAGGGAUCUCUUUAUUACUAA